UGUUACGUUCAGUUCACAAAGACACGUAAAUUUGUUUUUUGUUCUGUACUUAACGGAAGAAAAAUGUUAACGAUAUUCACAAACUCUAAAUUGUUGUGGGGGCUGUGGCAAAUCGUGAGCUACUGCAGUUCGAGGACGUCGCUGCCUCUCUUGCUGACAGCGGGCGUCGCGUUCUUGGCUGCACGUUUGGUGAUUGUGCUCCGGGAAAUGCGCAAACUGCCGCCGGGACCAUGGGGACCGCCAGUCGUCGGUUACCUGCCUUUUCUUGGAGUUCGCCAUAAAACCUUCCUGGAGCUUGCAAGAAGCUACGGUGCUCUAUUUUCUGCUCGGCUCGGCAAUCAGUUAACAGUCGUUCUCAGCGACUACAAGCUUAUUAGGGAAGCUUUUCGCCGAGAAGAGUUUACUGGUCGCCCUAGUACUCCGCUCAUGCAUACAUUGGAUGGUCUAGGUAAGUUAAUUAAUAUGAUUUUUUGGGUAUACAUUAAUAUUUAUCUCUAGUUUUUAUUUUGUUUUAAUUUUUUUAUGUCAUAAAAAAUUAUGAAUUUGGUGUAAUAAUUAAUGGACUUGAGCAAAUUUUUGUUUCAAAACAGCGUUAAAAAGUAAACUAUAAUUUCUUAUGUAAACACUAUUUUUCAUAAUGUCACUUUAUACUUGUAUAUAAACGAGAGGCCUGACCGAAUGCGUUGCCGGAGGGCGCAUGCCGGGUCCACCCGCGCAUCACUCCGAGCACCGCCCACUUGCAUACUCGACUAACGCCUCCCUCUGUGCAGGUAUCAUCAACAGCGAAGGUCGUCUAUGGAAAAGUCAACGCCGGUUCCUACAUGAAAAACUUCGAGAAUUUGGCAUGACUUACAUGGGCAACGGCAAGAAAAUUAUGGAAGGCAGAAUCAAGGUCAGUAAAAAAAUUGAUAAGUGAAAUUUCAAAAAAAGUGAAAUACCCAAAUUAAACGAAUUUUUGACGGGCUUAAACAACAAUUAUUAUAAUAAAGACGUUUUAAUUCACAGAGUGAGGUUUACGAAUUAAUAGAGAAUUUACAACGCACGGAAGGUGCGCCUAUAGACGCAAACCCUAUGCUCGCUUUGGGCGUAUCAAACGUAAUUUGCGGCAUCACCAUGUCUGUACACUUCAGUCACGGAGAUUUGCGUUUUGAAAGGCUCAACCAUCUCAUUGAAGAAGGCAUGCGACUAUUUGGUGAAAUACAUUAUGGAGAAUACAUACCACUGUAUAAUGUACGUAUAUAAAUGUUAAAACUUCUAUUUUAUAUUUUUACGUAAAUAGAAGAAAAAUGUAAUAACUUUAAUAUUUUUAGUAUCUACCCGGCAAGGCUCAAGCUCAAGAGAAAGUGGCUAAAAAUCGUGAAGAAAUGUUCGCAUUUUAUCAGACUCUCAUCGAUGAACACCGCGACACCCUCGAUGUCAAUAACGCCAGAGAUCUCAUUGAUGUCUAUCUGAUUGAAAUAGAAAAAGCGAAGAAUGAAGGUAGAGCUGGAGAAUUAUUUGAAGGUAGAGAUCAUGGUAAGUAAACAAAAAGUAAAUAUGCAAUAGACAGACACAUUAUUGCUUUUCACUUAAUUUUUUUAAAUUAUUUUAUUUUGAUCAAAUAUUUUGUGAAACGGCGUACUUAUUUUGUUUUCAGAAUUACAAAUCAAACAAAUUCUCGGUGAUCUAUUUUCCGCUGGGAUGGAAACGAUAAAGUCUUCACUUUUGUGGAUGAUUGUUUUUAUGUUGAGAAACCCAGAUGUGAAGAGACGAGUUCAAGAAGAAUUAGACCGUGUUGUUGGCCGGGAACGUUUACCUACUAUUGAAGAUAUGCCUAAUUUGCCUUACACUGAAACAACAAUUUUAGAAACACUGCGCAUGUCCAGCAUUGUCCCCCUAGCUACCACGCAUUCGCCCACAAAGUAAGUUCCCUUGUUAAUAUCACAUUACAAUAUUUUAGAUUUAACUUUUCCACAUAUUUUCUAAUCACUGUUUCUCUCUCCAACAGGGACGUUCACCUUAACGGUUACAGAAUCCCAGCGGGAUCACAAGUUGUUCCCCUCAUCAAUUGUGUACACAUGGAUCCCAAUCUCUGGGAUGAGCCAAACAAGUUCAAUCCUAGCAGAUUUAUCGACGACACCGGCAAAAUCAAGCGCCCAGAGUACUUUAUGCCCUUUGGAGUUGGUCGUCGUAUGUGUUUAGGAGAUGUGCUCGCCCGUAUGGAAAUGUUUAUGUUCUUCGCAAGCAUGAUGCAUCAGUUUGAUGUACAAAUGGAAACAGGAGCCGCACCACCAUCAUUAGAAGGCACGGUUGGAGCGACAAUUUCACCUGAAGCCUUCCGUGUGCGCUUCUUACCUCGUGUUACACCCAGCGCGCCUACCCUUGCGCUUGACAACUCGCAUUUGCGCUAUGUUGGAGCCCACUAAAACAGCUCCAUUUGCCGCCAUGGGCGUAGCUUGGAACUUUAUUAUAAAACACUUGCAUGUAUUUAAACAAAGUCGGAGUUAGACAAUAUAGCCAUCACAUGCUUUUUCCACGUUGUUUUUAGACAUACAGUACUUUACAUAAAGAAUUGUGAAAUUUGUUUUGCAGAUUCCCAGCUACGUUCAUGUUUGCCACAAUACCCAUAUACCCACCAGUAUUCAAUGAUCACUCGUUUUAGAGCGUAUCGAUGACAAUUAAAUUAAGUCUUUAAUAUAUAAGUAACGAUAUCGCAUGAGCGAUGGUCGAGGCUGUGCAUAAAGUGUUCAAUUAUAUGUAGACCGAACUUUUUAAUUUAGUUUAUACAGUAAAUUCCCAUCGUUGAGAUUACGAAUUCGUACGACUGCAGUAUUAUAUGUAUUCGAUCUGUGAGAUAAGUUAAAUCACAUGCAUUGUAUGGAACAAUUAAAAAGUAAAGAUUGUUUAUUUUACUGAAGUCUUAAGCUCUAGUUUCCUAUACCAAAAUAAUUUUGUUUAUUCUAGAUCAUUAUUUAUUAGUAGGUACCACUUGUGAGAGUGUUGUCUGUUGAGUGUGAUCUCAAGUUUUGCGUUUCAUAUGAUUUUGUAAUUGUUAAGAUUUUCACGUGUUCAUCGUUUAUUAUAUUUAGUGUUAAUUGUACCUAUCAUGUGUAAUAUACCUAGUAACAUUCCAUGGUAGUGUAGAACCAGCAACUAGUCUAAGAGCGGUAGUUUUGUCGCUAUAAGUUCAUUGUUGUUAUUUCUUUGGGACUCACAAAUGUAUAAAUUGUUUUUCGAAACACAGUUUGCUCGCAACAAAGUUGCCUAAAAAACAAUUAAAACUGCAGGUCUUGAUAUUAAAUUUAACAAAUAAAAAACACACAACUAUGUCUUGCUUUGUAAAUUCCGCUUUGUUUUUGUGAUUACAAAUAUGUAGCGUAAAUAAACAAUGAAAUUAUUCAUAGAAAUUUAAAAUCUAGUUUAACUUUUUCUAAUACCUAUCUACCCUGAAUAUCCUUUCCAAAAAUAAUCUAAAAUAUUUCUUCAUCUACAUCUCUCUCUCUCUCUCUCUCUCUCACUCUCCUCUCUCUCUCUCUCUCUCUCUCUCUAAACAAAGAAUUGACACAAUAUAUUAUGAAAAAAGUAUAAAGUCGAGUAAAAAGUUUCAACAAAAUCAAGAUUUAUACUGCUUAAUGUUUUAUUUUCUGAUUACAUCAUACGAACACAAAAAAUUGGAUCUAUGCAAAAACACAAAUUAUCAUCAUAUUGUGUCAAUAACAUUUACUAAUUAAUGAUAAGAUGCAAGAGGAACACAAGUAAAUAAAGUUUUCGGAGGUGACAAGGUCACACCGACAUUCCCUCGCAUCUCCUCUUCAGUUGGAGGUUCAGCAGCUAAUUUCACUUGCAUAUGGCGAAACAAGCGUGUAAUUAAUCCACACGAUAUCAUUCGAGAGAGUUCAUCUCCAGGACACAUUCGUUUUCCUGUAAAAAUAAAGAAGGUAACGUAAAUUGUAGUAUCAAUAAAUUUAUGUAAAUAAAAAAAGUUUU